GCAAAGAGUUGUCUUUCUUUUCCCUUCUCCCUUCUCGGCGCUUGGCGCAGACUCCGGAGCGCGCGGCCCGAGCAUCAUGACGUCGGCCUUGGAGAACUACAUCAACCGUACAGUUGCUGUAAUUACAUCUGAUGGCAGAAUGAUUGUGGGAACACUAAAAGGUUUUGAUCAGACCAUCAAUUUGAUUUUGGAUGAAAGCCAUGAACGAGUGUUCAGCUCUUCUCAGGGAGUAGAGCAGGUGGUAUUAGGAUUAUACAUUGUAAGAGGUGAUAAUGUUGCAGUCAUUGGAGAAAUUGAUGAAGAGACAGACUCUGCGCUUGAUUUGGGAAAUAUUCGAGCAGAACCUCUAAACUCGGUAGCACACUGAUAAACUAUGUACUUUGGACUUUGUAAAGCUUUCAUCUGUACAGAUCUACUUAUUCUGAGGAAAAUGAGCAGAAUUUUUACCAAUUGUGAUAACUAUCUACAUUUUUACUCAUUUUGUGAGUGUUACAGUUUGAUAUGUAAAUUAAAAUAUUUCUACAUUUUGCA